AUGACUUUUACGCCUUUAGAUUUGCCUCAGGGAAUAAUACAGCUCAUCACGGAUGAGUUGCCCUCACCUGCAGACUUCAUUCUCCACCAAAAGCUAAUUUCGCACGUAAAAGAGCGCAAGGAGGCGAAACGAAUUAUUCUGUCUGUGUCUGAAGGGUGGGCUAGAUGGCAGGCUAUAUCAUCGAAGCACAACGUGAAUUUUGAGCAGCAGAAGAACUCCGGCUGUCUUACAUUUGUCGACGUUUCUUCCUUUGAACUAGAAGAACUUGGAUUGAGGCCGAUAUUCGACGUUGUUGUCGAAGGCCUGAAGGGUUGCACUCCGGACUCACUUAUCAUUCUCGAUGAUGUCUCGACGCUGGAAUGGAUUGGGGUAUCUGCCCUUGAGAUUCUUCGGUUUUGCCGCGCCUUAAGGGCUCAGUGCAUCAAGCAUCAAACAACGUUACUUAUCCGGCAUCAUCUGGUGGUUCAUGACAAACCAGAUCAGUUGUUCCGUGACUUGCUGCAGCUCGCAACCUACCACGUUGAUGUGAGGCCAUUGGCCAGUGGUCGAAGUGGUGCUGUCAGUGGAGAGGUUGCGCUUCACUUGGGUCCAAACGCGCUUCCACUGACCUCAGUCAAAGCCAUCCCUAGAAGCCGCGCGGUUCAAUAUCGCUUGACGGACUCUGGAUCCAUAUUUUUUGAAAGGGGAAAUAGUCGUGGUGUCCUUUGA